UUUGCGAUUGAUCCGGAAAGGAUUAAAUUUGAUCGGAUUAUCGGUGAAGGACAAUUUGGUGAUGUAUUCUGUGGAACUUUUCAGUCAAAGGAUAGUCAAAAUCUGGAAGUAGCUGUUAAAACUUGUAAAGACACUGGAACAACGAAAGAUAAAUUUUUGGAUGAAGCAUAUUCCAUGACUCGUUUCAAUCACUCGAAUAUUGUUCGCUUAAUUGGUAUUCAUACCGGACAACCGGUGUUUAUCGUGAUGGAAUUAGCUAAAUAUGGAGAGAUGCGAUCGUAUUUACAAAAGUUUGAUGAUCAAAUUAGUGAAAAUGCUCUAGUUCGUUUCGCGAUACAAUUAUGCUCAUCACUCGAGUAUUUAGAUUCGCAAAGAUUCGUUCACAGAGAUAUCGCAGCAAGAAAUUGUUUGGUAUUUGAGCAUGAUUUAAUGAAAUUAGCUGAUUUUGGUUUAUCUAGAUUGAUUGAUGAUGAGACUUUUUACUACAAAUCUACCCAACUUAAACUUCCUAUUAAGUGGAUGGCUCCAGAAUCGAUCAAUUUCCGUAAAUUUUCCUCUGCUAGUGAUGUAUGGAUGUAUGGCAUAUGUGUUUGGGAGAUCAUGUCUCGGGGAUUGAAACCUUUUCAAUCCGUUAAAAAUAGUGAUGUAGCUAGGAUAAUUGAAAAUGGUGAACGUCUACCGAAACCCGCGGACUGUCCACCAUCUAUGUAUCAGAUCAUGCUAGAGUGUUGGUCGUAUGACCCUGCCCAAAGGCCUACCUUCAGUGAAGUAUUAACAAAGCUAAAGUAUGCUACAGUCUGCUAA